AAUCCGAACUUUGUAAACGAGUGAAUCUCAGGAAGCACAGACGUGUCGAUGUCGAGUGGGAGUACAACAAGCCAGUAUUUCGUGGAAAGUACCGUAGGAAUUUGUCUUGAGAAGAAAACGAUUUUCAUUCGAUUCUGUCCACCUCCUGUGUUCAGAAGCGAGUUAAAAUGACGUUUCGUGUAGUUUUCGUGCUGGUGCCCCUCUUCUUGGCUCUCGCUAUUACAGACGCCGCCAACAACUCCACAACUGCGACCGACAAACUGACCGUCAACCCACCAACGAUUAACAACAGUGUGGUCGCCCCCAACGGGUCGCACAAAGACGAGGGCACCAACACCACGUCCCAUAUCGUCAAAGUAGAACACGGCAUUUCGCAUUUUGACACGGACAGCUCCAUGAUCCAAAGAGCUCUCUAUGUACUUAUCGGAAUCACCAUCAUUGGAGUUCUGUAUUUCCUCGUCAGAGCUGUUCGGCUGAAAAAAACUAGUGUUUCACAACGGAAGAAGAAAUAUGGGCUCCUGGCGAAUCAUGACGACGACGAUGAAGAAGAUGAGGAUGACAUUGUGUACGAGUCCAGAUCUUUGAGGAGAUGAAACUGCCAUGUGAAGAUAAAGAACAAGACUGCGUAACAUCUGAAGAAGUUCGCGUUGAUGUGGAUUUGGAGUUUGUCCUUCUGGUGGGAUAAUUGGAACCUUAGUGAAAUGAACUGAAAUUUGUUGACCAAAUUGUACACUUUCUGUGAGAACCACGGUUAUAAAUGAGAUAUUCAGAUGAUCUUGAGUUUGUUCUCGGUGCCAAAGUUGCAAUAUUAAUGUUAACCGCAAAGACCCAGGCGGUAUUCCAAGAACAUGGCUAAGUAACAAGCGAUUCAUGGAGUAUGUGGUAAACCUCUUUAAACAAGAGCCCCAUGACUUCAUUAUCCCUGCAAAACAAAACCAUAGGCUGCCUCUAUUAGGCGGUCUAUGGCUUACUCGGAGUUAAUUUAGCCGAUCUUUACAGGUUCUUCAAACUCCACCCUGGUUCAGUCUGAUCUCAUUUCGUCUUUUCUGUUAUUAAAGAUAGUACAUGGCG